GAUCAAAAAGAUGCCUCGGAAUGGACAUUCACAGAUAAAAAUAAUAUAGAAAUUGAUGUUGUCAAAACAAUUUGUCAUGGUAUUACUGAGAAAAUGAUAAUGAAUCUAGAAUAUAAUAAUCUCUUAUUAUUAUAUGUGAUUGAUUUUUCAAAUCUAUUCAAAGAAAUUAAAGAUGCAUUUGACGAGCAAGCACUAAUUACAAUGACGGCUCUACCAAUAAAAUUCCAUCGAGACAUGGAUCCUACUUCAGACAAAUAUUUUGAAUACUUGUACGAAAACCAACAAACUACCUGCACUACUAAAAAAGUGUAUAAUGAUAAAUGUAAACUAAUAUGCUUUGGACAUGAUUCAAAAAAUAAAAUGUUUGAUGAACUUAUUGAAAAGAAAUGCAUAUAUUUGUCUGAUUGGAAGAAACUCUGUGAUGAUAUUCGUAAAGCUGAAUUGUUGUUGUUCCAAGCUUAUGAAGCGAAGCUCAAAGUUCUCAUCUUAAAUUGUCCAGCACACCCUUUUUGUUACGUGAGAGAAGUAUUUGAUUUAGAUAUUUCGUAUAAGAAAGUGGUGAUAGAAGAAUUUAAAUCAUUUAUUUGGGCUUUAUGGGCAAUCAGAUGUGCAUUAUCUGAUAUUAUUUAUGACUAUGAAAAAAUAGGAAAAAAACUGUUAAAAGAUUAUAAUAAGAUUGCGGGUUCAGGACCGUAUAAAGUUGAUUGUAGA